AUGCCAAACAGGGGUGGGAGAGAGAGAGAGAAAAAAAGAGGAAACAGUGCGAGAAACCGAAAUGAAAUGAAAACUUCUGCCAGUGCGUUUCGUGUGUGUGCUGCAUCUUAUAAUGUGCCCAAUUGCCGCAGCAAGAUAGGACAGUGCGAAAUAGGAAAAUGCAUCCGCAAAGGGGCUGUAUUUGUUGCGUGUUGCGCGUUGGAUUAAACUGUAGAAGCCGAAACUGAGCGAAAACAAAACAAGAAAUCCUUCAAGCUUGUGCUCCGCGUGUGCGUGCGUGUGUGUGUUAAGCAUUCCUCCUAUCGCAAAGGGGGAGGUGGUUGGUUGGUUGGUUGAGUGGGGUGACAAAGGCAAGGGAGAAGCAGCAGCAGCAGCAGCACCCGCGAUCAGUAGUGGCAGCACGCCGAGAAGCAGCGACAGCGAUCUGCGAAGGAAAAAAUGCAACGAUGGGCGAAACAGGGGCAAAAGGGAAAUCAGGCACAGCUGCAUGUGCUAGCUGCUACAACGCGAUAGAACCGGAACAGCAUGUGGCCGCCGUCGGUCAGCUGUGGCACGCGGAAUGCUUUAGAUGUUCGGUUUGCGAUGCACGACUGUCGAGCUGGUACUUUGAGAAGGAUGGACUGCUGUUCUGCAGGGAUGACCAUUGGUCCAAGUUCGGUGACUGCUGCCAGCAGUGCUCGCAGUUUAUCUCCGGACCGGCGAUGUUUGCCGGCGAUCACAAGUUCCAUCCGGAAUGCUUUCGGUGUGAAUCGUGCAAAGUGUUCAUCGGCGACAGGGAAUCGUACGCACUGCUGGAACGCUCCAAGCUGUACUGCGGAGGGUGCUACAAGCAGCAGCAGCAGCAGCAGCAGCAACAACAGACCGCAUCGGAAGCUGCCGGUCGGAACGGUGCAAUAGUGUCGCCGACGAAGCAGGACCGGCAAAGAAUUCCACAUUCCAUCCGGCUGGUCGAGAUACCGUGGAGUGGCAAUCGAUCGGAUCGUAUCCGUCUGGCAACGGAUGAUAAACCGUCCGGCGUGAAGGGUGUUGCCAACGGAUGCAAAAGCGUUCGCAUAUCGGACUUGUUCUGCGCGGCGUACGGACAGAUGGGAAAGUACAUCUUUUCGUGCAUUAACACUGCGCUGGAUUCGUGCUGUGGUUUGCUUCACUUUAGAGUAACGCUCAACUCAGAUCUGAUGGCCCUGCGGGUCGGCGACAAGGUGCUGGAAGUGAACGGUACACCCGUGCGCGAUGUACCGCUGGAAAGUUUGCAAAAUCUCAUCGAAGCUUCGGCCGGCAAAGCCCUGCAGCUUACGGUCGAGCACGAUCCGGAUGUAGUGGCGCUGGCGACGGCCGGCGGGCUGCCCGGUUGCAAGGGCAUACUGUCCGCUUCGUAUGCCGGCACCGAAACGAACUGUACCGAUGUGCUGAAUAACAAUCAGAAUGAGGGUGAGGAGGAGUGCACGAGGAGCCUUUCGCCGAGCAAGCUGGAGCGAAUAUUCCGCAAGAAGGAUGAAGGCUACAUGAGCGGAUCGUCCCGGAAGCUGCAAAAGCGUCUCAAGGAUGUCAAUUGCAAUACGGCUACCAACAGUUUGAAGGAGAAGGAACGCAGCUCAAGCAUGUCGCGCCUGCUGGACGAACAUCGUACGAUGGCCACUGGUGGGGAGUUUUACGAUCUUUCCCGCACGAAGUCGUUCCGCGUGGAGCCGAAGGCGGCCCGCAUAUUCCGUGCCUCGGACCUGGUGCAGGGUGAGCUGCUCGGGAAGGGUUUCUUCGGCCAGGUGUUCAAAGUGACGCAUCGCGUAACGCAAGAGGUAAUGGUGCUGAAGGAACUGUACCGCGUCGACGAGGAGGCGCAGAAAAACUUCCUCAAAGAGGUUGCCGUGCUGCGGUCGCUGUCGCACCACAACGUGCUCCGCUUUAUCGGUGUGCUGUACAAGGACAAAAAGCUUCACCUGGUGACGGAGUUUAUCCCGGGCGGAUCGCUGAAGGAGCUGAUACACGAUUCCGGGUUGCCGCUGAGCUGGGCGCAACGGAUCUCUUUCGCGCGCGAUAUUUCCAGCGGUAUGAGCUACCUGCACUCGAUGAACAUCAUCCAUCGGGAUUUGAACUCGCUCAACUGUUUGGUGCGCGAGAACGGUACGGUGAUAGUGGCGGACUUUGGGCUUGCGCGCAUCAUUAAGCAGCCGCUGAUCAGUACGACGGCGUAUGAAAAGUGUACCGCCACACCACCGCAGCCAGCAGCAGCAGCAGCAGCGGCAGCAGCAGCGAGCAGCGGCAAUAAUGGGACGAUCGGGCGCCGGGGCAGACCCCGCCGGCAGCGGUACACGGUGGUCGGCAAUCCGUACUGGAUGGCGCCGGAAAUGAUGCGCGGCAACAAGUACGACGAAAAGGUGGACAUCUUCUCGUUCGGCAUCAUGCUGUGCGAGAUCAUUGGCCGGGUGCAGGCCGAUCCGGACUAUCUGCCCCGCCUGCCCGACUUCGGCCUGAACGAGAAGGUGUUUCGGGAGAAGUUUUGCGGCCAGUGUCCGGAACCGUUCUACAAGAUUGCCUUCCUGUGCUGUGACCUGAAUCCUGACAAACGACCUCCAUUCCACGUGCUGCAGGGUUGGCUGGAAACGAUGGCCACCGUCGUGGCCCUGCAGCGUCCCAUUCCGAUACGCAUCAUCGACGAAAUCGACAACUUUAAGGGGCUGCGAAGCACGGAAUCGAGCCUGUGCACGACACCGGACGGGUUGACCACUCCGCCACCGUUGUCCGGGUACGGGCUGAAACCAUCGCUAAGCCACAAGCGCAUUUGCGAAGGGCAGGAAGACACCGGCAGCACCCUGGAGCGGCAGCACAAGCUAAACGACACGGCAUCGGUACAACCGACCAGCUUCGACCUGGUGGACGGUGUUGUGUGCGAUGUGCCGGUAGAUAGUGACCUUCUUACACCUACCAACAGCAGCACACCUCGGCCGGUGGAGGAGCGGAUCGAACCGACCGCCCAAGCAGGGCCCGGAUUCGUCGUGGUAGAUUUUAACGAUAUACCAAAGUCCCCCCAUCUGGGGAAAGAUUUUUCCGCCAACGGGGAUCGCAUACGGGACAGCCUGCGGGCAAAGCGGCGCCAACGGAUGAUGCUCAGCCGGGAGAACCAGCGCAAAUCGCUCGAUUCCAGUUUGCUUGUCGCCGCGGCCCGGCUUGGUGCAACGGACCGGCUGAUGGGUGAAGCCGUGGCCAAUGCCGCCGACGAUGGUAGUGCCUCGGAACCGAUCAGCUUAAUUAUGACUAGUGAAAUGAUCGCAAACGACGCUGCUGCUGCUGGUGCGGCUGCCGAUGUGCGUGCGUCGGAGUGUGUGCGUCCGUCGACGGAUCAGGUGCUCGCUUCGGUGAAAGAUAGCCUGGAGCGUGCCAAACAGCAGGGUGAGGUGCCGCGUGCUGUUGCACGGUUUGCAAUUGGCGGUGAAAGCUCCCAGCCGGACGGGCCGCAGAAGACGAAGCGCUACGGCGAGAAGGGUUUCGUAAUACACGUACAAAAUGGGCAUCUGACGCUGAACAAUGUGCGCGAUCUGGAGAACUGUUCCGAUUUCGAUUCGAGCUGCGAUACGAGCCUGAACUAUCUCGAGGUAAACGGUAACCGGGUGGAGCAGCAGGAAGCAACGGACCCAACGGUGCCGAAGGCGACUCCAAAGAAGGACACUAAUCUAGUUGUCGAAAUGAUGUCCGUUGAGCGGGCGAAAGAUAUGUACCCGCCUGGGGAGCGUCGAAAGUGUGUCGAGAAGGAAAACAUUGCCCAAGGGCCGGCGGCGGUGAACGCGUUGCCCGACGAAUCGAAAUCGAUCGGCGCUGCAGUGAAAGCUACCUCUCCGCUGGCUGCGAUACCCAAUCCAGAAAGGAACAGUGCGGCGGCGGCGGCGGCAGUAGCUGGAAAGGAUGCUAAAAAGGAGGAAAAAACGCUUUCCUCCAGUGCUCAAAAAGCCGUCCAAUACACGCGGAAGCUGUUCCGGGUGGGCGAAGCUGCCCAGUCGCCGGUCGCGAGUCCAACCAGCACGAAACGCUCCCAUGAUCUGCCGGGUGCGCAUCGUGCCGGAGUGUCGCCGGGAUCGAAAGCAUCCGGCAAGGGGCAACACCACGUCCGGACGACCUCGUCGGAGCGGUCGGUGUUUUCGACCAAGCAGAAAAUAUCGCCCACCUCUGAUCCGGAACCACAGACCGGAUUCGGUGGCCAGACGUUCCCGUUGGCCGAUCGCUCCAAGCCAACGGCAACCACUGCGGUAGUAGUGCACAACAAUAACCACAGUAUGGUGCAUUCGUACAAAUCUAAACCAAAUGAAGCGCUGGAGAAGGGCAAUAAUGGGUCGUUGCGGCAAUCGGCAGGCAAGCGCACCAUCGCCGCUGGUGGUGCUGGAAAAGGAGCGUCCAGUGGAACGAACCGAUCGGCCAUUGGCGAUAGUGCGGUGUGUGUUGAUGCGAUGGUACCGUCCGCUGGCAAGCCGCCGAUCAGCUGCGGUGGUGGCGUUAGUGCUGCAACGCUGGCCCGAUUGGCGACCAAGGGAGGCCGCACGUACCGACCGGCGGAGCGUAUGACGGUGUACUACAACGAGAUGCGUUCGAACUCCGCUGGCAAGGAAAAGUACACCUCAACCCUUUCACCAACGGUUGGCAGUAGUGGCAGCAAUUCACGCACCGGGUCUCCUUCUCCACCAGUCCCCAGUACAGCGGGUCGUUCUUUGCAGGCGAGCACCAGCAACAGUAGCCGCAGCACUGGCAUCCUUUCGCCCGGCAGCAUCCGUCGGCUUAACGCUCGUUUGCUGGAGGCGCGCAAAGCAAACGCCGCUUUAUCGCAGGACCGAUCGACUGGCAAAGGGAAAGCGAACGGGUCGCCAUUGCUUUCCAUGCCCUCAGGGACGGCAAAACCGGUGCCGGGGAUGGCACGGAAGGUACUGCUGACACCGGCCGGUGGUGCAGCAGGCCCGUUGCUUGGUAGUGUUGCGGGCGGCUAUGCCAGAGAGCGCAAGGUGCUGCCACCGGUCGCACCGCUUGUUAAGGUGCCGAAGUAACCGCGUCGAUCGAUUAUUGGCUGGCGGCUGGCGGUUGCUCACAAUUUGCAAAUAGUACCUUUUUUUAGGGAGAGAAAGUUUAACUAACUGCUCAGCUAACGAUCUUAGGGAAAACAAAGCCAGGCUCGAAUGUGCUCUCGUUAGGUAAAGAUAAGACUAGAAGAUGUUUGGCAAUAUUGAGCACCAAGGCCAUAUUGCGCUAAGCCAUUUUUGGUGCUCGCUCGCCGCUAAGCCACAUGGUGCGUGGUAUGCAACACACUGUACCGUACCUCUGCUAAGGAGGUACUAUCCCGUUAAAACUUCGAGUUCUCGAAGGUCCCACACACACACACCUUCUUACUUAAGUGCACCCGUUUCAAACGUUUCCACCCAACACCCGUUAAUUCAAACUCGUCUCGCACACGGUUACUAUUAUUACCUUAAAACACUUUUAAAGAAAACACUCCUCCAAAGUCUCACUCCUUUUGCUCAGACUCACGCACGGCAUCAUAGGUGCAAAUAAUCUCUCUGUACUGUGUUGAGCGGUAAGCGAAGAAUGCUCCUGUUUUCGCUUCACCUGACCGGCCUCACCUAGAUUAGUGUGUGGCACUUUUUGGUUUGUUUUGUUUAUUCGUAAGAAUUCAAACGUGACUGUGACGUAUGGCAACACAAAACAAAAACAAAAAGACGACGGUAACUGUACAAGUAGCUGCUUUCGGUGUGUAUAGUUGGUUAGGUUUAGCCGAGCUUAGGUUUAGCUUUUGAAUAUUCCACGAAAAUGCCAUUUGUGUUUUUGCUUGCAUACACUGAUAUUCAAAUUGCGCUCUCCCUUCCCCCCGGGUUUAAUACUAGUUUUAAAAGAUUAAGCUCGAAUUUUACACCAAUUAUUUUUAGAAUUUUAUUUGACAGAUCAUCUCUUCUUCUUGCCCACGAUCUCGCUCUCUUUCUGUCCAAAUCAAUCAUUUUACAUCGUUUGAUUUUGUCUUUGAUGAUCAUUUUACGCGCUAGAUGGUAUAGUCUUGUGUCGCUCGACCAUACAAGAACCCCCUCCCCCCUUCCUCCCCUCUCCCGUCGUCAAAUAGACAAGCUGAAGUUACUAACCGGACUGUGAUAUUGUGGAGAAUGUAAUAAUUGUAAGCGCGGUGGUGCUAGAGAGCGAGCGCACACCACUCUCCCCCGCCCCCCGUUUUAUUUCCGUUUAGCUUACGUUUACACAUUAAGAUGGUUCCACGGGGACGGUGGCCACCAUUUAAGCCAUGGAAACAGAAAAAAAUGCCGAUAGAGAAAACAGAUACUGCAACAAAAGACAUGUGUGUGUAAGAGUCGGUAGCGAUGGAGCGGAAGUAGGUAGUGUAAGGUUAGGUUAGUAAGGUAGUGUGGUCCCGUGGGAGGGCAACGUAUAUGCGCUAGUAAGGGAAGAAAAAUGUGUAGACGCGUAUUGAGCGCUACGUACAACAAUUAUUACCUUAAGUUUUUAUUAACCAUUUUAGUUUUAACCACACGUUUUUAACAAGUCAGGUAUAGAGGUAGCUGUUAGACAGGAGCGGGGGUUGAAAAGUAGUGCAAAGGAAAACAAUACGACAACGGUAAGCCUACAUUUCCGUAAGUAGGAACUGCAACGACGCAAUUGAAGGAAGGGAAGAGAAAUAGUAGCGUUUAGUGUAAAUCGUGCAAACAUUAUAAAAGAGUAAUGUAGAUAGGGACAAAAACAAGUAAAACAAACAAACGAGCAAUGCAAAAAUGUAUGUAUUUGGGCAGUGAAUGUAUGUAAGGUUCUUAGGGGAGAGGAGUAGUAGGUUAGGAUCUAAGUUGGCGUGUAUAGUUGCGCAUCGAUACCAUGGAGAUGCUUGGCACCAUUGUGUAAAAGCUGUGGCGAGUGGUUGCGUAUUAGGAAAAAUGUGUUUUUUUGGGUAAUAUUGUAUCGAAACAUUUAGUUGAAAUUUGUAGUAUUGUGCGCCAAACGAUGGUGUGAAUGAGUGAUUUCGAUUAAUAUUUAUUAGAUGAGUGUGAGACCUUUUAUUGAAUUUUGUUAUUAUUCCUCAAUGCGUUCACGCAUAUUUUGCGUAAAACUAUGGUAAAAAGACGUUUCUAUUCAAACCUUUCCGUAAUUGAGCUGGAAGUGGGUUAUUUUAAAUUAUUUAUUAAUUACAGUUGUCAUCAUACUACACAUUUAACGACAAAUAUGACAAAAAACGCAGUUUUACUUACACGCAACCUCUAGUCACAGCUUAAGGCAAGCAAAGCAAAGCGCAAGCGAAUUAGAACAAUGUCAUGUUUUGCGUUUUUCGAUUAUAAAUGCGCAAAAAUUAAAUCUACAACAAAAUCGAAACCAUUACAGAUGAAAUAUUCUUGGCUGGGAAUAGAUGAAAAAAAUCGUGCAAAUAAAAAAACCCUUUAACAUGAGUUAGUGCAAUACAAUACUGCUCGAGGCGGGAAAAGCUCCUGCAACAAUGCAAUGCAUUCAUGCAAAAGAAAAAGCGUAAAAAAUAACCAAAAUUUAUGAAAAUGUUUGGCCACAACAGUAAAUGCAGGCAGUUUUUCCUCGUUUUUUCCUGCUCUUUUCUCUUUAUUCAAUAUCCUUACAAUUGAUCCUCUACUGUUUGUGACAUGUAAUUGGAAGGCUACCGAGCUUCAACCAAACCCACCCACCCAGCAGGAUGUUGUAAAAUGUAUUAAUUUAUUGUUCCCAAUUUUUUUUUCCCCACAAAUUUCCCGUGCAAACAACACGAAAAACAUGCACGUGACGGAAGGAAAAACAAGGGAAAAAUGUUCGCUCGCUCUCUGUUUGAAACAUUUUAUUCCGAUUUUUACUAGCUACCGGAAUAUGGGGGUUUGUGCGUCCUUUUUAUUAUCACGCGAUAUUUUGGGGAAUAUUUGUGUGUGUUUUCGCCUCCCACCCCCACCCUCCCCGAAUUCGCUUAUUGUUUCAGUGUACAUUUUUAUCCGUACAUCCGUGCGGUGAGAAGAGCGUGUGGGGGCAAUAAAAUUGUAUUGUGUUGUGCACCCCCCCACUCCCCAUGUGUGCCAUUGUUUUGAUGUGAAAUUGGUGAGCGUUAAAAUGCGUGCACCCAUGCACCCAAAAGUGCAUCCGUUUUUCUUCGUAACCGGCUGGAAAAACAUUACAUCGAUCGGGUUCGAUCGUGGAUGGGAAAGAGAGGGGGAAAAAUAGUAAACCGUGCGCAUUAUUGAUGUGUUAUCGAAAGCAAAAUAUUCCUUCAUUUUGUUUUUUUUGUUGGGAAAAGCUCCAUCCCCGGGGCGAAUGAAUGGUUUCAUUGUAAAAGUGCAAAAGUGUACAGGAAAUGUAGUGUGUACGGUUAUUGUUCGGUGUACAAAGCAGUGAAUUGUGCAAGGAUAUUAAUAGUGCAAUAGGAGGAGGAAAAAAUGAAUGUGAAAAGGGCGAAAAAAUACCUACAUUCAAUAUAUUAAAAUGAAUUGAAGAUGAAAAAUUAAAGCAAAAAUGCACGAACUUUUCGCUAUCCCCAAGCCAAGAAAAUAGCAUUUGUACCACAAAGCGAGGGACGUACGGUAGUAAGGUUCACUUUUUUUACGUUCACCAUCACUAAUUUAUUAACAACACAACAGCAACAUUCUUACCAGCGCUAGUAGCGUUUGCGAUUUUCCUUUCCGUUCGUUCCCUGCAAAAGAGGGAAAGCGUUACAAUGCGUUACAAGAAGAAGCGUUACGGUUUCUACACACCUGCGCCACGGCUCGUUCUUCGUAUUGAUUGGAUUGGUGUGUUAAUACUUUUCUAAUCGUAAAUAAAGUUAAACAUGGUACAGAAAGCAAA